UCCUAUUGUAUUCGCAAGGUUGUUCUAUUUCCCUCCAAACAUGAAAUCUUGCUAUUUUUUGUUUCAUUGACUACGUAUUCACGAAUCCUGUAGUUGAACUGCGUCUUUAAAAAGUUGAGAAUGUCACGUUAUCAAACAAGGAAGUAACAUGUCAGCUGUAAAUCGGGUGAUAACUUCGUGCUUUUGGUAGUAUAUGCCUAGUUGAUGCUAGCGGACUGUUGCUGCAGUGCAACGGGGAGGAAUCCGCAAUGAUCGCACACUCUUUGGGCUUGUUUCUUUUACCGUGCAUUUGCUUAUGCGCUGCUGAAUAUUAUCUUGUGGAUGACAGAAUCGGACUGGGAAGACGAUUUGAUGGUAUAGGCGGCUUAAGUGGAGGAGGGGCCACUUCACGACUUUUGAUCAACUACAACGAAUCUUAUCGGAGUCAAAUACUGGAUUACCUGUUCAAGCCUAACUUUGGCGCUUCAUUGCAUAUUCUUAAAGUAGAAAUUGGUGGUGAUGCUCAAACCACAGAUGGAACAGAGCCAUCACACAUGCACAAUGAGAAUGAUGAAAAUUAUUUUCGUGGUUAUGAAUGGUGGUUAAUGAAGGAGGCCAAGAAGAGGAACCCGGAUAUAAUUCUUAUUGGUCUUCCUUGGGCAUUCCCAGGAUGGGUUGGUCAAGGGAGCAACUGGCCAUACACAUUUCCAAACAUUACAGCUAAUUAUGUAGUUUCUUGGGUCAUUGGAGCAAAACAACAUCAUGGCCUUGAUAUCAACUAUAUAGGGAUAUGGAAUGAAAAAGACUACAAUGUAAAGUACAUAACGGUGCUUCGAGACACAUUAGACCGAGCUGGUUUAACAGGUGUAGGCAUCAUAGCAGCAGAUGGAAACUGGGACAUUUCAAAAGCCAUGCUUGGUGAUUCAUAUCUCAAUGAUGCUGUUGAGGUCAUAGGUGUUCACUACCCAGGCACCAUGACCAUCAAGGAGGCAAUGAUUACAGGGAAGGUGCUCUGGUCCUCUGAAGAUUAUAGCACGUUUAAUAAUAACAUUGGUGCAGGAUGUUGGGCACGUAUUCUUAACCAGAACUAUGUAAAUGGAAGAAUGACCUCGACUAUUUCCUGGAAUCUCAUAGCAAGUUAUUAUGAAGAUCUGUCUUUUGGCCGAGAUGGUUUGAUGACAGCAGAAGAGCCAUGGAGUGGGAAUUAUGUUGUGGAAUCCCCAAUAUGGAUAACUGCUCACACUACUCAGUUUGCGCAACCUGGUUGGACCUAUCUGCAGACCGUGGGGCACCUCAAACAUGGUGGAAGUUAUGUAGCAUUAACAGAUGGCAAUGGCAACCUCACAAUUAUAAUAGAAACCAUGACCCACGAUCACUCAGAGUGCAUACGGCCUUCACUCCCACCAUAUACUGUUUCUCCCCAGACAGCAACAUUUCAGCUCAAAGGUUCCUUCGUUGCACUCACUGAGCUCCAGCAGUGGUACUCAAAAUUAAAUUUUAUGAACAAAAAAGACACACUCUUCCAGAAUAUCACUCCCAUCAAGGUGUCCAAUGGGUAUUUUACCUUGCAACUGGAUGUUGAUGAAGUUUAUACAAUUACAACAGUUACCAGUGGGCACAAAGGCCUCUAUCCUGAUCCCCCAGAGGCUGCACCAUUCCCCAAGAAAUACUUUGAUGACUUUAAUGUCAGUAGCCCACCUUUUUCAGAAGCCCCGUGUUUUGCUGAUCAAACUGGAGUGUUUGAGUACUUCAGGAAUCUAACAGAUCCAGGGCCGCAUGUGUACACCUUGCGCCAGGUGGUUACCCAGCGGCCGGUAACGUGGGCUUAUGAUGCUGACCAGACCAUCACUGUCAUAGGAGACCACACCUGGCAAAACCUGUCAGUGUCCUGUGAUGUCUACAUUGAAAAUGAAAAUGGAGGAGUUUUCCUUGCAGCCAGAGUUGAUCAAGGAGGGGAAUCGGUCAAGAGCGCCAUGGGUGUUUUUUAUUGGGUAUUUGCAAAUGGCACAUACAAAGUGACCAAUGACCUAGGUGGUGAGAAAGUUCUUGCUGAAGGGUUGUCUGGUACAAGAGUGGGCAUAUGGCACACAUUAACUCUCACUGUAAAGGGUUAUUUUGCCUUUGGGAUGCUAAAUGGUUAUCCUCUGUGGAAGAAUGCUGUGGUUCUUCAACCACUAAAUGGGUGGGCUGCAAUAGGGACAAACUCUUUUGAAUAUGCACAGUUUGAUAACUUUAAGGUUGAUGCUGACUGAUCCCUUGUUUAAUUUUAGAUGUACAUUCAAAAUGUGAAUACUUGAACACUUCAGCACUGACAGUUAGCGUUGUGUUUGAGGAUAAAGAUAACCGUAAAUUCCAUUUAAAUGCCUUUUAGGUGUGUGUGUGUGUGUAUAUAUCCUUUUGUGGCGAAUGUAUGUAUGGUAAUCUGAGAUUAUUCAUAGUAAACGAUAACUGUAAAUUUCCAAUAAAUGUACAUAGAUAUGUAAUUUUUAAAGAAUGUUUUCUAUUUUUAAUAAAGAUUUUACGAUUCA